AGCAGUUUAAGAAUAAAAAUCCAAAGGAAACAAAAACGCAGCAGCAUGUAUAUAUAAAUAAAAACAGCCGUACCAUGUAUACGUGUACAUAUAAUACGUAAGUAGUAGGUAGGUUACUUUUCCACGCAUCUUUUUACGUCAAUCCAUCCGUACAGUUCAAUACAGUGAUCGGCUCGAACGAACCACAGCCCUUUUUACUUUUGAGAAUUUGAGUACUCCGCCACCGCUUGUUCUUUGUUUUCUUUUCUACAUAUGGUAAAUUCUCUCCCCCCCUACAACAACCUUGCAAAAAUAAUUCAGUUUAUUUAGCAAAAGGGAUCACGCUGCAUAUGCCAAUUCGUCUAAAGCAUUAUUAAACCACAACGCUGGCAUUUCGUACCGUUCCCGCAAGUCACGAAUAGUUGGUUAGUAAAAACAGUUGCGAAUAAGUAGCCACAUAUAAAAACGAAUCGCUGCAUUGCACGAUUGAAGGCAUAUAGAAAUCUCCCCUCCGAAGUUACUUACCCACUGCUGCCGUCGCGAGGCAUACACAUAUAGAAGGAAGUUUCCACGAAGCAAAAUGCAUGACGAUAGAGUAAACUCCAAAGAUGAUAUUUCAUCGAGCUCCUCCUACGAAGAAAAUGACGAAAAUAAAAAUAUUUUAAACCCACCAAACAGGACAAAGAUGAGCAAGGGGGAAAGAAGGGCCAGGAAGAUGCUCGUUAAACUUGGCUUAAAGGCAAUCCCCAAUGUACACAAAGUCAUUAUAAAAAAGUCACAAAAAAUGAUUUUUGCCGUAUCCAAUGUGGAGGUGUACAAAGUCGACGGAACUGAAUCAUACGUCAUUUUUGGAGACGCCAAGACGGAUGACAUCACCAACUCGAUCAACAGUCUCCUGCCAGAUAGCCUCCCGAAGGACGGUGACAUGAUGGACGAACAGGAAGUAAAUUUCGAGGCCCCCGAAAAAGCGGACGAAAAAGUUCAGGACUUAGACGAAGGAAAACCGGUAGACGUUUCGAUGGACGACAUUGAGUUAAUUAUGUCGCAAACCAAGUGCACGCGUGAAAGAGCAAUCGAAGUGCUGAAGAAGAAUAACAACGAUUUGGUGGAGUCCAUCAUGGAAUUGAGCGGUUAG